AAGCCAUACAACAGUUAAGUGCUCCAUAAUGUGUUCAAAAACAAUUACAGCUACUUUGUAUUGACGCAUGUUAAAGGGGCGUGUACUUAUUGAAAUUUCUGCAAUAUCCCAAAUCGUGUACGCGCAUUCACCGGCAGCUCUGAACAUCACCAAGCGUGUGCGCGCAGAGAAGAAAUAGCCUAACGGGAUAACAGAGACGUGGUGGUUUUGGUAAAACCGCGAAACGAAGUGCUCUUCUGAAUGAAAUUCAGAUUUUUUUUCAGGUUAUUAUUACGACGAUGUGCGACGCCUCUCGCUGAUGUUCCAGCUUUCGCUAAAUCUGCUCUCGCUCUCGCUCGUCUGCGGAAGAUCCAUCAUUGAGAUCUUGACAGCAUUACAGCCGAUGAGAGGUGCACCGGAUAUGCUAUUUAUACCCAGACACAUUGAGCAGCAAUAAUGCGUAUUGUCGAUUUUGUCAUAGACAUUUAUUUUGCAAUGUAAUCUCAGUCGUCUCGCCUGCAUUCUUGCACGGAGAGCGGAGGUGGAAAGGAACAGAAGGGUUUUUUUUUUUUUAAUUCACCGAAUGCAUUAUCAUAACAACGCUCCCAUCAAUUAUUUAAUUUUUUCAUGAUCAAUUCCGAUGUGACAAAGGACUGGUAAAUCGAAUCAAGGAAGGACACCGCUUACAUCUUUUCUACUUCAAAUCAGACAAAUCUUUAUUUAUCUCCAGUCAGUGGACUCGCGGCAGAAGCGCAAUUCUGAGGGUACCGGUGGGGUAGAUAGGGGGAGAUAGAGACGCCGGAAAUAGCAGAAACAAAUCACAGGAGAGUAGACGGUUGGGAGCAAGCGAGAGAAAAAAAUGCUACCUUCACAAGAAGCCUCAAAGAUUUACCAUGACAACUAUAUGCGUAACUCUCGAGCCAUCGGUGUCCUGUGGGCCAUCUUCACCAUCUGCUUCGCCACCAUCAACGUGGUAGUCUUCAUCCAGCCUUACUGGAUCGGGGACAGCGUGAGUACACCACAUGCCGGGUACUUCGGGUUGUUCCAUUACUGCGUGGGCGACGGUAACUCGAACCGGGAGCUGAUUUGCCAGGGAACAUUUUCCGACUUCAGUUCCAUCCCGUCCGGCGCGUUUAAGGCGGCCUCUUUCUUCGUGCUGCUGUCCAUGGUGCUCAUUUUGAGCUGCAUCGCCUGUAUGGCGCUCUUCUUCUUCUGCAACACCGCCACCGUCUACAAAACCUGCGCUUGGAUGCAGCUGCUUUGUGCUGUGUGCCUGGUGCUGGGCUGUUUGAUUUUCCCAGAUGGCUGGGAUGCAGAGGUCAUCCGGGAUAUGUGCGGAGAGGAGACAGGAAAGUACACACUGGGAAACUGUUCAGUUCGCUGGGCUUACAUACUGGCCAUCAUCGGCAUCCUAGAUGCUCUCAUCCUGUCCUUUCUUGCUUUUGUCCUCGGAAACCGCCAGAACGACUUUAUGCACGAUGAAAUCAAGGCUGAAAAUAAAGAUUUGGCAGUAUCCAGGCAGCCUCUACGUGUAGGGUCUUCUCUUCGAAUGGAUGGAAUUGAGAUCCGGGAUACCAGGGACCCUCGAUUUGGUGUCCAGCGGUUUCCGUAAUGAGACAGCAUCCUCCCUACUUUAUCUACUCCUCCAUCCCUUUCUCCUUGUCCUCAGGCCUGUGUCUCUAAACUCAGUCAGGAUGCUGCUAGUGCAGCUCUUUGUAAUAUAGAAAAAGACUGGAAUACACUUCAAGAAGAGAACAUAUUCAACAUACACCUAUUUAAAAACCAUGAGAAAUUAAAACCAAUAAAAAGAAGAAAAGAUCAGCUUUACAUAAACAACAACUCUGGGAAGUAACAAGUUAUACAUAUUACUACUGUUAUUUAAUAAUGCUUUGAUGACAAUUAUGAUGAUAGUCAUGAUUAUGCUUGCAACAGCGAUAUUAUGUUCAGACUUUCAUAUUUUAUCUAAAAUGGGGAACAUAUUUCUAGCUUUAAGAAAAUAUAUGGAAUCAAUGCAUAUGUACAAGAGAUUGGGUGCUACUCUGGACACGCAGAUGAAAAGAAAAAACAACAAGCCAAAAAUUUAAAUAAACAACAACAACAACAAAAAAAGAAAAAAAAAAAGAAAAAAAAGAAAAAAAGAAAAAGAAACAUUUUGUACAGCACCAGAUGUAAUUUUGAAGACCAUCUUUUUCUGACAAAUUUUGAAUUCCCCUCUUUGUACAUGUGGUCAGCAAUCAGAGUUAAUUGAUGAAUUAAAUAGUUAAAUUGUAAAUUCUAUAUUUAUAUGGAAACAGGGUACAGCCAUUAAGCAUUUAUUCACCCACAUCAUAUUCCUUAUACUAACCGGAGUGUAUUUAACAGAUAAACAGAUUAUUUGUCUCUCAGUUCACCUGAAGGUACCAAUGACCAUUCUAUGACUGUGCAGCAGAAAAGACUAACAACAGCUAAAUACACCGCUAUCCCACAGACAUCUAAUUUGGCAUGCAAAUCUCUUCUUACAUUUCUUUUUUUACAGACACUUCCUCUCUUGAUAUUUCCUUUUUCAAUGACUUGUUGUGAUAUUUAUGAUUAGUGAUUAGCACAUGAAUAUUGUUUGGACUCUGCUACAUUAAUUUCAUAAUUUAUCAUUUUCUUCAGUGUUUUGUGGUCAGUAGACCAAGGUGAAUUUUUUAUUUUUUUUUCCAAUUAUCAUUUGUCUUGAGAAAAAGCCCUGCAUGCUGCAUUUUACUCAGGCCCUUAUCUGCAAUUUCCCACACUAUGUAAGUAGAGCACAGUGGUACAGCACAAAGUUAACCGUAACACAUCUAGGUGACCCCUACUGAAAAUCCAGAGUGUUUAUGCUAGUUAGAGCUGGUAUAGUGCUGGUCUAGCUGGUGGACCAGCAUAGUCAUGCUGUUCUCGAGCAAAACUGAGCUGGUCCACCAACACUCCGGCUUCUCAUGCUGAUGACCAACAAUGCUGGAUUUUUCAGCAGGGAAUACUGAGACUUGGUACACAGUCAUGAAAAUGACUACAUCUAUGUUUCCAAGGCAAGAUGUGUAGCACAAUUAUUCACACAAUUUCUUAGCAUAUACUCACAUUACUUUCAAUGGACUGAUGUGACUUAAUUCUUCACAUAUGCAAAAUGCAACAACCGAUUCUCGUAACAGAAAUCAACGAAAAAGAAAAAUCUCAAUAUUUUGUUAUAAAUUCCUUAAAUAUUUGAAUCAUGAUAAACCAUUCAAACAGAAUAGGAAUUUGUGCAAAAUCAAUAUUCAUCUAAGGUUGUACUUGUUUCAUUUGUGUUUUUAUCAACAUCUUCCUUCACCUUGUGUUAAACUUCUAUCUGUCUUGUAAUGGUAUGAUUUCUGCUAAGUGGCUGGAGCUAACACGGACCUUCAAGGUGCACUGGAGAGGAACGUUUACAUCAAUUAGGAUCAUCUCAAGAGGAAAGCCCUGUUGGGGGUAGGUCUGACCCCUAGUCUGCAGCCCCUUGAGUGGCGGAUUUUGGAGAUGACAUGAAAUGGACUGAAAACGAAUUGUGACAUACUCCAUGGUGCUUAAACCCUUCUAACCCUUAUAUAAAGACUGCUUUGCUGCUCCCCAUCUACCUCAGUCUUGAACCCCUCCUACUCUAUUUUCUUGAUAUGCUCCACUGGGAGAUGAAUGCUGAGAUCAGACGGAGAGUGGGGGUAUGAGGAGCAGGAAGAUUAGACUGCACUGGACUUGGGUUUCUAUUCCGUAAUCUUAAAACACAGCUUCUCCAUAAAUUCCCCUCAUUCAUCUAUUCUACACUACCAUUCAAAAGUUUGGAAACGCUAAGACAUUUUUUGUUUUAAAAAACCUGAGACUUUGAUUCACCUAAGAUGCAUUAAAUUGAUCAGAAAUUAAUGUAAAUGGCAUUUACCAUGUUAUAAAUGCUGUAUUAUAUACAGUUGUAUUAUGAAUGCUUCAUUAUUUAAACUGUUCAUCAAAGAGUCUUACUGUACAUGUGCAGCAUUAACAGCUCAUGCAUUCUAGCAGUGUUAAUUAAUAUAUUCAACUGAAGUUUCAUGUUUCAUCUUUGUGAUCACUGAUAAAAAUUUCAUUUAAAAAAAAUAGAAAACAGUUAUUUCAAACCGUAUUGAUAAUUUACAGUAUCACUGGUUUAUUGUAUUUUGUUUUGAUUAAUUAAAUGCUACAUUGGUGAACAGAA